CCUUCGUCAAACUUCCUUGCACGAAGAUAUUGGUCUGUACAGUUUGUAUGAUAGCACUACACAACCGUGUUUUCUCUCUCGUAAUUUUCCUCAUCUAGCGAUAAGAACUUAAUGGUAAGACUUCCCUGAAAGAGAACUUUUACUUUGAGCGGAAUGUAAUCAACAUGGCGGAAUCAACAACUACAGAGAUCGAGGGCGAAAGAAUAUGUCGCACUCCAUCCGUGUCUCUAAGCACAACCAAAUCGAAGGGGCAAAAAAUGGAAUAUUCUCAUAGACUUGCUGAGAAAAGACGAAGGGAUCGAAUGAAUAUCAGUAUUUCCGAAAUUGCACAGAUGUUGCCUUCCUCGUCGGUCUCUAAGCAGCUGGAGAAAGCUGAAAUUCUUGAAAAGACCAUAAGUUAUAUUAAAACACUUCAAGGCCUUACUGGAGAUGCAAAGACAACCUGUGACACUAAGAUUUCAAAGGCCAAAGAAAAUCAAAAUGUCAUGGAACCACAAGAGAGCCAACCCUCUACCUCACAAUUAGACAUGAAUUCCAAGUAUUACAAUGGAUUUAGUGACUGUGUCAAGGAGGUGUUUCACUGUCUUACCAAUGUUGAAGCCAUGGACAUUGAGCAGCCUUGUUUUCAAAGACUCAUGCGCCAUUUGCAGACUGAGCUAGAAGUUUUGUGUAAACAAGUGGACUUAGUUGGCUCUGAUGAUGACUACAAAGACAAGUUUUCAAAGGCUCUUCUUGAUUUAUGGCAGAGCAAAAAAAGCCCUGAGAACAUUGAAAACCCUAAUAGCCAACACAAAUCCUCCAGUGGGGAGCCUGCUUCCAAACGGGCCCGUCGAGAUUCUGAUAAGAAUUCAUCCAGUGAUGGUCACGGAAGCAGUUUUUCACUUGGUACAGUGAGUAGCAGCUCAAACAAGGAGAGAAGGAAAGUUACCCUGGGUACAAACUGUAUCUGGGAUGAAAAUGGAAGCAAUCCAGCAAACACGAGAAGCAACAGCAGUGUUGAAGAGAAAGAAAAAGAUCCAAUCCCCAACUCUUUCAAAAAGGAGAGUGGGAACAAUUACGACAAGGCCAACUGUGAUGCUAGUGGUUAUGUACGUUGCAGCAUGGGUUUGAACUGUAAAUGGCCCAGCCAUGGUCUUGAUAACCUAAUUCAAGCCACACCCAUUUCACCUCGAACCCCUUACAUUCCUAAUCCUUACACUUUGCCUACCUAUGCUCUACAUCCAUCUGGCACCCACUUUAUCCCGGUGGUUCUUCAUUUGAGUAUUCCUUUGCCUCCAUUUCCUGAUACAAAUGGACGUUUGAACCCAGUACCAAAUGGAUAUCUUGGUGCAUUUAACCAGAUGAGAAUGGGGUAUCCUCAUUUCCCAUAUUUUGCCGGUUUUCCCUUUUCACCACACCUCACCACACCUUUUCAGCAUGGUGGCCAGAAUCCUAAGGAUGAGUCAGGACAGAAGCAAUAUCAGUCUAAACAAAGGGAUCCAGAUCCUUCAAACACUAAUCAUGAACAUUUGUCAGCUAAUGCCUGUACAAAUCAAGAAUUGUCAAACACUGUUGAGUAGACAGGUUGAUUAUUUAUGUUUUAAUUAAGGAAUUAUGAAAUAGCCCUGCUCCAUGUUGACAUUUUAUGCUGUACCUGAAUAUGCAGAUAACGGAAUAUGAAUUCUUUGAAGCUGACCAUUAUUGAAAAGCAUAUGCAAAUUUUUCUUAUAUUCAGUAGAACUGGUCUAUGGAAAAUGGGGUGUCAUCCUCCCUUGAGAAUUUCAGAGCAAGACAGGCUUGAACUUACAAUUCAGAGAAGGAGUGGAAUUUAAUACAAUUUGAUAUUGCAAGUCAGUUUGGACUUGAAGGCUGCAAGUUUGAAUCUAUAGCAUCAGAAAAUCCUGGUGAUUAUUGCUUUAAAGGAGGUUCCUCUAAUGACAAAAUGCUGCCCUUUUUUUUAAGUCUGCAGCUCACUCAUAGAGCCAGUAUCCUUUCAAAGAUAUGUGCUGCCAGCAACUGACUGGUUUACACUAUUACAAUAUCAAAGAAAGCAAUUGAGUCCUAAACUCUCAAUUAAAUUGUUACUCUAAGGACACUCAGAGACUUAGGUAGCUGAAUGUACUAGUAUGUGUUUGUUCGUUACAUUUCUCCUGUUGUGCAUUGCCAUAUAUACCUACCGGGGUAUAUGGAUAUAUAAUUGUAUAUAGAAAUUUAUAUCUAAUCCUGAGUUGUACAUUAUAGUCACCAGGAUUCACACAUUGUGUUUUCCAGCAAAUGAAUUGUAUCUCCAUGAUUUGUUUAUCAAAUGCUGCAUUUACGCAGUAACUCAUGGAAGGUGCGAGAGAGGACACUUUGUUACUGUGCUGCCAGCAUCUGGCCAGUUAACACUAACUUGAACUGAAUGAUGGUUACUGAUUUGAAUAUUUGUAGUUUAAUUAUGUGACCUUAUUGACAUGCUUAGACUUAAAUUGGGAAGCUGAAUAUUCCCUAAGUCCUCCUCGUGUCUCUUGACAGAAGGGUGAAGAAUAUGUAAGGCUGUAAAUAGUAUGCAUGUGUAGUGUUUUGUCAAGGUAUGUAUUGAGCGAGCAGCUGCAUGCCUCUGCUCAUUAAACUCGUCCAAUUGUUAUGCAAUUAAUUUACAGUGAGCUUUUUUAUCACUGCAACCCAGACUGAAGAGCCAAAUGCAUGGUCCACACGUCACCCACUAGAUUGCUGGCUAAAGUGAAAUAUACCCGCUAUGACUUAAUGUUACAAAGAAAUAUUAAGACGUUAUGUAUGACACGAUGCAAGCUUGUUUGAAACCUUUCCUCUCUAUUGUAACUUAAAAAGAAGUGGCUCUUACUGAACAGGUUGACGAGAAGGGUAAAGACUACGAGAUAAUUACUACACAAAUUAAAGCGGAGAGAGUAACUUGGUUACUUAAUAAUAAUCAUCAAUUUAA